GCCGGAAGUGGGCAGGCCCGAGGACUACGCGAACCACAAUGCCCCGCGGCCGGAAAAGAGGCAAGCAGGCCGGCGAGGGAGGCCAGAAGCUGGGAGGCGCCGGAGGAACGGAAUGGCGGCAGCUGCGGCCGGAGGCGGCUGGUGAAAGGCUACCCUCCGUCCGAUCCCCCCGCUGCCGGCUGCCCACCUGACUGCCAUGGCCCUGAUCGAAGGUGUCGGGGACGAGGUGACGGCGCUCUUUGGGGCGCUGGCAGUGCUGCUGGUCCUGGCACUGGCCUGGUUCUCCACGCGCACGGCGGCAGACCGGGGGGACCCCCUCUUGGCCCCUGCGGCCGUGGGGCAGCGGGAGGAGCCCCGGGGGGAGGAAGAGGGGGAGCCCUCCCUGGCAGCUGCUCCUGACCGGCCCGGUGGAGGACCUCCCAGAGAUGCCCCACGGCGUAGGACGGUUCCUGGGCCCACCCCACAGCCCCCACUGGUGCCGCCCCCGGCAGGGUCAAGCACAGAGCCUCCUCCCAGGGAGGGCGCCUUCAUCCUGCGGCUGAAGUUCCUGAACGACACGGAGCGCCUGGCCAGAGUGCGCCCGGAGGACACGGUCGGAGCCCUCAAGAGGGCCCACUUUCCUGGCCAGGAGCAGCUGGUGCGCCUCAUCUACCAGGGACAGCUCCUUCGGGACGACUCACAGACCCUGGCCGCCUUGCACUUGACUGACCACAGCGUCCUGCACUGCCACAUCUCUCAGCACAGGCCGACCCCUGCCCCCACCGGGGGUCCUGCUCAUGCUGGGGCCCACGCUGGGGCCCACACCGCCUUGAAUGUGGGCAGCCUGAUGGUGCCGCUGUUCGUGUUGAUGGUGGGCGCCCUAUGGUACUUCCAGAUGCAGUACCGCCAUGUCUUCACCACCACGGCCACAACCUGCCUGGCCGGACUCACCCUCAUCUUCAGCUUUGUUGCCUUUGCCGUCUACCGCAGAUAGCACCUGGCCCUGGUGAACAGGAGCCUCCUGAGCCCAUAGUAGGACUCUUGUCAGCCUGUGAGAGGAGGUGGACCUGCCUCUGCCCAUGGUGCCAGGAGGUUACACAUGCACACGCUCUCUCUUUCACACACAUCCUGGGCUCCUCUGGGUUGUGGGCUGUCCCAGCCAUGGCCUCCGGGUUUCUGAACGUUGACUGCCUGCCUUGGGCGGCUCUUUUUGCCUCCUCUCUGGGGAGAUGUGCACCGGACCCCUUCUGCAGCAUGGGCUCUGGCUCCAAUGGCCUCACGGCUGCAGUUCCAUAGCUCAUACCUGAAGACGGAGUAUAAUUGACAGGGGACUCCCACCCCCUCAAUGGCGUUGAGGCAUCGUCCGCCCCUCUUCCUGAAUGGAGCCUGUUGCUGGGUGUGCCCCUCCUGGGAUGGAGGAGGAGGGGGCUAUGCCUGACAAACGCUUACCUUGGAAUUAAAGCUGUGAAGGACAGGAA